GAUCUGCUAAAGUAAAACACCAAAACAUGAAAGUCAGCCAAAAUCAGGGCACGGACAGGAGCAAACAGGAGACAAGACUACUCUAAAACAUAAAGUAAUAUAAGACAAAGGACUAGGACACAGACCAUAAUGAUAAAACACAGAAGUACACAUAUCAGGAAAACACUUAGACAUGAACUAAAGCACAGGACUAAGAACUAACUAAACAAGACUACACAGAGAAACACAGAACCAAAAACAGACUUUAACAGGAAAGACAUGAACACAGAAACUACAUUCUAACAAUAUUAGUUCUUUGUCUAUGGUCCCUGCAGGCUGAGAGCUUGUUGUAUGUCCUGCAGGUUCAGGUGUCCUGGUCCAGGUGUGUUCCAGUGUGCUUUGACUGGACUGGUGUUUGUUGUGGCUCAGGAGGCGGAGCUGCUGUACCGGACUGUCCAAUGGGAUGAGAGCCUCCUCCAAUCAGCUGGCAAGACGGCUGCAGGGCUGCUGUUCAGUAUCAAGUGUCCUGAGAACGCUGUCUGUCAGCUCCACCUGCCACACUGUGAAACAAAGGCCGCUCUGCUGCCUGAUGGUCUGCUGUCUGUCGUCCACAUCACUGAUGAUGGAAUGAGCAUCCUCGACCCGCAGGAGAUUACAGACACUCAUGUGGUUGUCAAAGUCCCUCACCUCUCUGCCUUCGGCCUAGUCUGGGAUAUCAUUAAGAGGUUGUGGACGACACCAGUUUGUGGCCAAGUUCUGCUGUUCCUCAGACCACCAAACACAGAAACAGACACGAAAAUCCUAAAUGUGCUUCUCCUGCCGAACAACAUCCCUCUGGACGAGGUCAGCAAACAACAGCAGCCUUAUAAGAACAUCAAGACUGCUUCUAAAUGCAAACUCAUCAAAGCUGAAAGUUACACUCUUCUCUGUCCUCAGGCCAAGGAAAUUCAGCCUACGGAAGAAGAUUUUGACCUGGACUUUGGACCAAAUUACCAUCCAACAUUUGAGAUCUUCCUGCCGACAGACAAACAAGAAGUGACUUUAACGCUCCAAGACCAAAGAAAUAUGGAAGUCUGGAAGCGUAAAGUUGUGGUGACAGAUCCGGCUCUGCGUGAAGAGAAUCCAGCGAGGCCUCAGAGUGGCUCCCCACGGAGCAGGUUGGCAUCAGUUCGGUCCCAGUUUGUAGAUUCAGUGUCUGAACCUGUUCUGAACCAGCUGCUGGAUCGGCUUUUGCAACGAGACAUAAUAAAUCAAGAAGAAAUGGAUUCAGCUAGAUCCAGAACCAGGGCUGACAGGGCUCGAGCGGUGAUUGACAUGGUGCGAAACAAAGGAACAGAAGCCAGUUCAGCUCUGAUUGAGGACUUCAGGAUGUUGGAUCCACACUGUUCCAGAAAUCUGAAUCUGAGCUGAAGCAGAACUGAGACUCUGCAAAUGAAACAAGAAGACAUGGACGUCAGUUAACUGUGUAAAAAUACACCUUAAUAGAUUUAUCAAUUAACAAAAUACAAAGUGAGUGAACAGAAGAAAAAUCUAUAUGUGGUGUGAUCAAACUUUGCAUCAGUUCUUGUAGGUAAACUUUCACAGUCAGGGAUUUUGUAGAGAUUUAACAUUAAACCAAACAGGUGCUUAUGACCAAAACUUCAAUGUGAAGGUUUCACUGAAACAGAAACAGCUGUGUAGGAGGAAUACAGCCAAACUCAGCUAACAAGGUGCUGAAGUUUCCUGUCAGUCAAACCUCAGGGCAAGACUGAGCACAGCAACAAGACACAAGGUCGUUAUAGUGCAGCAGCAGUGUCUCUCCCAGGCACACAAACUGCUUUAUUAGCAGUAAGUCAGAUCAGUGUGCGGUAGUUUGUUUUUGAUUCUUCAUAGACUCAUCCUGCUCUCUACCAGCACCUCGUUGUUGUUGCUGUGUUCCUCCAGACGGAGUUCGGUGUGAACAGGAAGGACUCUGCUGGUUCAUCUCAGCUGACACCACAGGAGGCCUUUCUCACCUUUACUAAAAUGAAGUGGAAUUAUAAUUUAGCUGAAUGCUCCUGAUGAGUCUGUCAUUUAAAAGUGGUGGAAGAUGAUGAUGAUGAUGAUGAUGAUGGCGGCCUGAUGUGCUGCAGGUUAUCUGUGAAGUCGUCUCUUUAUACUUUGUUUUGUGUGGUGGGUUUUAGUGUUUGUUUUAUAUAUUUGUAUUGUAUUUAGUGUUUUAUGUUCAGAGUCCCUGCAGGAUUUUCUGUCUUUGGAACAUGAUCAAUAAAUGAGCCUUAAAUAGAGGCGUGAUCUCUUUAUGCAGUUACAUCUGAAUUUAAAUCAAUAGAAAAUAAGUAAAGUUUCUCACUGUUUUUUAUUCUGUUUUUUUCUUCUAACUUUUAAUAAACUGGACCAGAUUUAGUCUCACUCUGUUUAAUCCACAUCAAAAAUCCAUUUUGAGUUCAAUCCAGCAGAGAGGAAAUGAUGGAGCAGCAGCUGACACUGAGCUGGGUUUAGAGAAAACUCCAGAUCCAUCUUGUUUAGACACCAGAACACUCAGCAUGAAUCAGUCUGAUGGAAAUCUGGGCUUCCUUAAAAUAAUAUUUCUCUCUCAUGUUUCUUAUCUUUGUGUGUUUCCUCUGGUUCCCCGGCCUUCAUCAGUCCUGACAGCAUCAUGUUCACCAGGGUUUGUCUUCUGGACUCAAGUGUGAACUUGUCUUCUGUUGCUUUUCAGUCAAUAAAUAAAUUUAACACAA